AUGCUGCCAGGGCUCUUCAAGCGGCUGGGCCGUAAGUGCCCCCGCCUGCAGCGCCUGAGCCUGCAAAUGGCCAACCUGCUGCUCGUCCCCAUGGCCAGGCUGCCCCGCACCCUGCGUCGCCUGGAGAUGCACAGCUGUGACCUCUCCAUGUCCUGGAUGGCACGUAAGGAAGAUGAGGGUGCACUGCCACACCUGGAACAGCUGGUGCUGGACCGCGUGCCCACCUUCGAGGAUUUCCACCUGCUACGCCUCCGCUGCUUCCCAGCACUGCGCUCCCUCGUCUUGGCAGGCACCUACCGCCUCACCGACGCUGGGCUGGACAGGGGCCUGCGGGUGCUGAGCCACCUGCAGAGGAUCGAGGUGCUGGGCUGCCUCAUCUCGGCCGACAGUGCCCUUCAGGCCAUCAGCUGCCACCUUCUCGAAGUGCGCCACAUCCGGGUGACCCUCGAGGGCCUCUCGGACAGUGGCCUGGCUUCACUGGAGGGGAUCCCCACUCUAGAGAACUUCGGACUCUUGGCGACAACCAACACCAGGGAGGUGGUCACUCUGGCCACCAAACUCCUCUCCUCCUGUCUCACCUUGCCCAGGCUGAGGGUCCUGGAGUUGCAGGGAAAACGUGGGGUGUGGCACAAAGCUGAGAUGAUACUGAAGAAAGGACUGGCCCACUGUCAGGUCAUUGUCAGUGCGGCUCCCCACAAGACCAUGGACUGGUGGAGGUUGGACAGAAAUCCUCAGUAUGCUCGCAAGUGCCGGCGAGAUUCACUAAGCAGUUCGAUGGGCACAGGAGAGAGGCAGAGGGUGAUGGUGAGGUUCAGCUUCUGCCUUGGCCAGUGA